UUGAUUCAUGGAACCGGACGGAGCAGAGCACGGGGGGAUUGGGUGACAGCAGCUCCAGUGUAAGGCAGGCUCCCAGCCACGGUUCCCCCCUCCUCCCCCGCGCCCCGAGCAUGCAAGCCCCAAGACACCUAGGUAGUAGGUAUAUACCUCAGGUAGGUUAUUAGCCUGCCUGCCUGGCUACCUACCACUGAGCUCAAGGCCAUGGGCACAAAGCCAGCGCCACAGCUUCGGCAACCUGGGAGCUCGUCAAAUCCGACUCACUCAACCUCACCCCCCUCACCUCCCUUUUCAACCCUACCCCAUUUCCGCUCUCAUGUCUUUCUCUCUCUCUCUCUCUCUCUCUCUCUCUCUCUCUCUCUCUCUCUCUCUCUGUCUCUCUCCGCCUUAGCCUUGAGUGCAUGCGUGGAUGCAUGCCAUCUCUCAACCUCUCAUGAACAGAUCCGCCAUGCCAAUCCUCCCUCGCAAAUUCGACUGGGACAAGGAAAUCGAGCAGACAGCGGCCAAAGACAGCUUCAUCAUCUGCCGCCCAGAUGAGUUUCCCCUCUCGCAGGUGCAGGCCGUAGCCGAGCGUGUCCUCCACCCGGAGCCGUCGACCUUCUUCAGCCGCAAGCCCGUGCCGCGCUGUUCCGCGGCCGGCAACGAGAUCCUCAUCGACGAGCUCAAGGGUCUGGCGGGCGUGUUCUACGUCGAGGAGGCCGCCAUUGUCGGCUGCCUGCACCUGUUCACCUGGGAGGUGGCGCGCUGGCACCUCUGGAAGAGGAUCCGGCCCGACUUGGCGACGGCCAACGAGGACUCCUUCACCUCGCGCAUCUCGGUCUACCUUCAGUGCAUCGUCGUGGCGCAAAAGGCCGACGCGGUGCUGGUCCACGACGGCGAGGCGCUGGCGGCGCGACAGCUGCUCCGCAUCCUCCACCACGGAAAGAUAAACGAGUUCCCCUCGGUCCUGGAGCUGCUUGCCACCGUCACCGACACCAGCUGCGAGGAGCUGCUGCCCUUUGACUUCCUCGCCGAGGUGCUGCGGCGGGCCAAGUCCCAGCGAUGGGCCGACGCACAUAGCCUGGUAGACGGGCUGCAGGGCCUGUCUCGACGGGCCGACCUCCCGCACGACGUCCGCAGCUGGCUCCCAGACCUCUUUUCGCACCACUACGCCAUGUGGGCGUCGUGGCAGCCCGACGUCGCGCGCAUCCGGGCCUGGAAGGCCGGCACGACGCCCGCGCAGCGAGCCCGGCUCGCGCCCGUCCUGGAGCUCGAGGGCCCCGACACGACGCCCCAGCAGCGCAGCACGCUCCGGCACUCGAGCUGUGGAGCCUUCCCCGACGCCCGCUCGCACGGCACGCACGACAACGGCAGAGACAUCCUCGACGGGCUGCUCGACCUGCUCGACGGCGCCGUGCGCAUCGGCCCCAACGCCGUCGACCUCUUCAUCCACCUCGCCCUCGCCACCACAGCCACCACAGCCACCACAACCCUCACCGCCGCCUCCACGCACACGCACGCACUGACCUGGCAUCCCCUGCACCAGCUCUCCGCCGCCUUUUCCCCGCCCCCGCCGGGAGUGGACGACGCCGACUCAGUGCCCGGCACGCUGCUCUCGUUCCUGCGCUCGCUGCAGCACCCGCCAGUGUCGAUGCACCAGCGCAUGGCCGCGCUGACGGCGGUGCUGCCGGUCCUCACCUCAUCGACACCCUUGCAGGCGCUCUUUGGCGACGCCCACGACAUCUCCGUCCGAGCGCCGCGCGCCCUCUCGGACGCGCAACGGCACUUCUGCUGCCUGCUCUCACAGCAACAGCAACGAUGCGGCCCCGGCGGCGCGGCGCUUCCCUUGGGCCUCGCGGUGCGCGCGCUCGGCGGCGCCAUGCUCAGCUCAAACUGGAUGCUCGGGCGGUGGAAGCCGGCCUUCGUGCACAUGCUCGGCGCGCUGCCGUGCGAGGGCGAGAUCCGCGCCCGUUUCCGGGCCACUACCACCGUCACCGCCGAGCACCGCCAGGCCCACUUGGACUACCUCGCCGUGACCCUCGGGGCCAGCGAGAUACUAGCCGCCGCCGGCGGGCAGGUGGUGAUGAUGACGACGCCGGCGGUGGUGGUGGUGGUGAUCGAGGACGAGGUGUGGCGGGCCGAGCUGGACGCCGAUCGCCACGCGCUGCGCAAGACGCUGCAGGGGCUGCGGGGCGUCGACUGGCAGCUGGCGACGAGGUGUCUCUUGGCGGCGGCAGGGGACGACGACGACGACACCUUUGUCAGGGGCGUGACGGGGUACAUCGUCGGCGGCUCCGACCAGACGUGCGUGAACAUGGCGCGGUUCUUGGCGCCGCGGGUCGUGGGACCGGGGGGCGACCGUUUGCCGGCGCGGAGCGGGAGGAGGAGGAAGAGGGAAUGCUGGGUCGAGCUGUGUUUGUGGAUGAUGCGGAGGCGGCCGAGGGGCAUGCUGGAGCGGCUGGGGGCGGACUUGUCCGUCGAGAGCUGGAACGAGUGGGUGGGCUGUCUGCGGGUUCUGUUUGGGGACGGUCAUCUAGGCGACAAGGGCGCGCUGGGCUUCACGGCCGAGAGGAUGAGGCAGAUCACCAUCUGGAAGAUGAGCAGACGGGGCGUCGGGAGGGUGCACAGCGCGAGCUCGAGGUCGACGCUCAGUGAUUAUUGA